AUGAACGCUAGUAGACGAGACAAUGGGUAGUAGGGUCUUUGAAAUGGAUAAAUUAGUAGAUUAUGUCUCAGGCAUAUACCUUUAAUGAAAAAUAAAAAAAGAAACAUGUUGAUUAUAUCAAAGCAAAAAAAAAAUGAUAGUUCGUCAUGGGUAGAGACACUAUUGCCGAUAUAAUAACUUAUAUAAGAAAUGCUGACAUGGAUAAAAAAGGAACAGUUCGAAUACCAUCCACUAAUAUUACCGAAAACAUUGUGAAAAUACUUCUACGAGAGGGUUUUAUCGAAAAUGUUAGGAAGCACCGGGAAAACAACAAGGAUUUCUUGGUUUUAACCCUACGACAUAGAAGAAAUAGGAAAAGAGCACAUAGAAAUAUUUUAAAGCGUAUCAGCAGACCAGGUCUGCGAAUCUAUUCCAACUCUCAACGAAUUCCUAGGAUUUCAGGCGGGAUAGGGGUUGUAAUUCUUUCUACUUCUAGGGGUAUAAUGACAGAUCGAGAAGCUCGACUAGAAAGAAUUGGAGGAGAAAUUUUGUUUUAUAUAUGGUGAGGUGAUCCAUCUGGUAUACGAAUUUGAUACGUAACUUCCUAUUUAUGAAAAAGAGAGUAGAGGUGGGUUGUCUAAUGUCACUCCUCCUACAUUAGUUAAUACUUCAAGGAGGUUACCUGGAAUGAAAGAACAAAAAUUGAUCCAUGAAGGUUUAAUUACUGAAUCACUUCCCAAUGGCAUGUUCUGGGUUCGCUUAGAUAACGAAGACCUGGUUCUAGGUUAUGUUUCAGGGCGGAUACGACGUAGUUUUAUACGAAUACUACCAGGAGAUAGAGUAAAAAUAGAAGUCAGCCGUUAUGAUUCAACAAGGGGACGUAUAAUUUAUAGACUUCGCAAUAAAGAUUCAAACGAUUAGGUAUUUAAAUUUUCAUGGGGAUAAAUUUUAAGGCUCAAACACUAACUUAAGGUGAAUUAAAGAAAAGAGACUUAUUUUCUUUCAAAGAGUAGAUUCGGAAUUAAGGAACAACAAAUAUGAAAAUAAGAGCUUCUGUUCGUAAGAUUUGUGAAAAAUGUCGACUGAUCCGUAGGCGAGGACGAAUUAUAGUAAUUUGUUCUAAUCCGAAACAUAAACAGAGACAGGGAUAAUAUUUAUAAAAAAAAAAGAACUUCACUUUCUAAGAGACCUAAUGUACAAAUAAAUAAAGAAUUUGUUUUCACAUGAAAUGGAUAUAUCCGUAUAUCUCUGACUCAUAUUUAUGAGAUGGCAAAUAGAAUAUGACAAAACCUAUACCAAGAAUUGGUUCACGUAGAAAUAGCCGUAUUAGUUCACGUAAGAGUGGGUGUAGAACACCAAUAGGAGUUAUUCAUGUUCAAGCGAGUUUCAACAAUACUAUUGUUACUGUUACAGACCCACAAGGUCGGGUCGUUUCUUGGUCUUCUGCGGGUACCUGUGGAUUCAAGGGCACAAGAAGGGGUACCCCAUUUGCUGCUCAAACCGCAGCAGGAAAUGCUAUUCGUGCGGUAGUAGACCAGGGUAUGCAACGAGCAGAAGUCAUGAUAAAGGGUCCCGGUCUCGGGAGAGAUGCAGCAUUACGAGCGAUUCGUAGAAGUGGUAUACUAUUAAAUUUUGUACGUGACGUAACCCCUAUGCCGCAUAAUGGAUGUAGACCGCCAAAAAAAAGGCGCGUUUAGAAAUAAAAAUGGAAAAGAUUCCAAUCCAAGAGAAAUAAAUAAUUAAAUGAUCUCAUCAAAUAAUAUUAUAUUAGUAUGGUUCGGGAGGAAGUACCAGUAUCCACUCGGACGCUACAGUGGAAGUGUGUUGAAUCAAGAGCAGACAGCAAACGCCUUUAUUAUGGUCGUUUCGUUUUAUCCCCACUUAUGAAGGGUCAAGCCGAUACAAUCGGUAUCGCGAUGCGAAGGGCUUUACUUGGAGAACUAGAAGGAACAUGUAUUACGCGCGCAAAAUCUGAUAAGGUACCACAUGAAUAUUCUACGAUAGUAGGUAUUGAAGAAUCAGUCCAUGAAAUUUUAAUGAAUUUGAAAAAAAUUGUAUUUAGAAGUGAUCUGUACGGAACUCUCGACGCAUCUAUCUAUGUCAGGGGCCCUAGACACGUAACUGCUCAAGAUAUCAUCUCACCACCUUCUGUAGAAAUAGUUGAUACUACACAGCAUAUAGCUGUCCUAACGGAACCGGUUGAUUUGUGCAUUGAAUUAAAAAUUGAGAGGGGUCGUGGAUAUUGUACGAGAACCCCAAAUAACUAUCAAGACGGAAGCUAUCCUAUAGAUGCUGUAUCCAUGCCUGUUCGAAAUGCGAAUCAUAGUAUUCAUUCUUAUGGGAAUGGGAAUGAGAAACAAGAGAUACUUUUUCUUGAAAUAUGGACGAAUGGAAGUUUAACUCCUAAGGAAGCGCUUUAUGAAGCUUCUCGUAAUUUGAUCGAUUUAUUUAUUCCUUUUUUACAUGCGGAGGAACAGGACAUAAAUAGAAAUAUGGAGGACAAUCAAAAAAGGGCUAGUGUGCCCUUUUUUACCUUUGAUGAUGGAUUGGAUAAUAUGAAAAGAGAAAUCAUAUUGAAACGUAUUUUUAUUGAUCAAUUAGAAUUGCCUCCUAGGACUUAUAACUGUCUCAAAAGGUCUAAUAUACAUACAUUGCUGGACCUUUUGAGUAAAAGUCAAGAAGAUCUUAUGAGAAUUGAGCAUUUUCGCGUAGAAGACGUAAAACAAAUAUUCGACAUUCUACAGAAGGGUUUCACAAUCGACUUGCUUAAAAAUUCAACUCAGUUUGAAUCCCGUUGAAAUUUUUUUUUCAUUUCGAAUGAAAGCACGAAAUGAAAAAAUUAUAAAUGAAAGACUAUUUAUUAACUAGAAAAUAAUGAAAUAAAAUUUCUAUUAUUUUCUUAUCUUUAUCUUAUUUCUUAUUUUUUAUAACUAAACUAACUAUAAAAUUAUACUAUAAUUAUUCUUCCUAUAUAUUACAAAUUAUUAUUCAAUUCGAAUUGAAUAAUAAUUUGUAAUAUAUAAUCAAUAUACACACUAAAAUAUACACACUAACGAAAAAAGAAGAAACAAAAACAAAGUCUGUUUUGAAUCUUCAGCAUAGUCUGUAUUCGUGGAUUCUUCAGAAUAGAUCUAUAAUCAAAUGAAAGAGAUGUAUCUAGGAGGAUAAACUUUGAAGUAUGCCUAACUAGAUACAUACGUAAUAUCCCGCCUUACCUUAGUAUUUCAAGAUCUAUUUUAAUUUGAAAAAGACCUAAAGUUAGAGACUUAUCAAUAGGUAAUGUUGCUCCAAUACCUAACCAAAGGGCUACUGCCGUACCAAUCAAAAAGACUGUUGUAGCUACUGGGCGACGGAAUGGAUUUUGGAAUUUAUUAACAUUUUCCAAAAAGGGUACUGUCAAUAAUCCCGCUGGUACCGAAACCAUUAAAAGAACACCCAAUAACUUAUUGGGUACUGUACGGAGUAUUUGAAAUACGGGAAAGAAGUACCAUUCGGGUAAUAUUUCCAAAGGAGUUGCAAAUGGAUCUGCCGGUUCACCAAUCAUUGAUGGCUCUAGAACCGCUAGACCUACGUUACAUGCAAUAGUACCUAGAAUUACUACGGGAAAAAUAUAUAAAAGAUCAUUAGGCCAUGCCGGUUCCCCAUAAUAAUUAUGUCCCAUCCCCUUAGCCAAUUUUGCUCUUAAUACAGGAUCAUUCAAGUCGGGUUUCUUUGUUAUUGGGAUAGGUGAAUUCUUAUGGAUCCAUCCCCCGAAAGAACCGGACAUGAUGAUUUUUCAUCAUCCAGCUCGAGCAAUAAUCAAAGGAAUGAAAUGGAUUCAUAUAAAAUCCAUAUGCCAUCCAGGAAACUAUGUUCGUACAAAUAAAUGCUCAAUACCCAAGUAGGCUUACAUCGAUCAUGAUCAAAUGCUUUUUGGAUUGUCUCAUACCUUGUAAUUGAUGCACAAUAUUGUUUUUUAGAGUCUUCUUACGUACAAAGGAUUUACUUGUUACUAAUAAAGUCUAGCCUCGAUUCUUCCUUAGAUCCCGUGUUUCACUCCGAUAGUAUCAUAGAUCGGGGUCGAUGCAGGGGAAAUGAAUGCAUUCCCUACUAUAAGUUAAAUAAAUGGAAGUGGAAUAGAUAGAACAUAAUCUGGAUCAUGCCACAUCACUUAUUCUACUAGAUCUUACGAAGCCUAUUCAUGCAUGACAUGAUUCGGGUCUGAUCAUAGAAAAGAUUCUCCUCAAAGGAACCAGCCUAUCCUCUUGCUCCGCAGGGGGGGCGGCGGUUGGAACAGAGACACAU